ACCGGAACACCAGACACAGCAGCAGCAGCAGCAACAAACAGACGAAUCUCAAUAUCGGUGUUUUCAUCUGUGUUCGAGUCUGUGUUCGCGGAGCUCGACUCGUCAAACAGGUGAGAGGCUGCAGCCCGAGGAGAGGCUCGUGCUCACGUGGUGUCUGAUCGCUGAGGUCCUGAGAAGCAGCCUGGGGCAACAGGGGCGAUGCAGAUGGAGGUCGACGAGAGGGAAGAGGAAGGACCAUCGUCCAGCAGCGAAGACUUCCAGUUGGCCCAGCAGGAAUCCUUCCAGCUGGAGGGCUCCCUCCCAGUAGAGGAGGUGUAUGUGGAUAAGAAAGCAGUGGACAAACUCACUGAGGGGUUUCUCUCCCACUACCUCCCUGAUCUGCAGAACUCCAAACGAGCACUUCAAGAGCUCACACAAAACCAGGUGGUAUUGUUAGAUACGAUGGACCAAGAAGUCACCAAGUUCAGAGAAUGUAAUGCCUUAAUCGACCUCAAUUCACUGUUUACAGAGGCAAAGGUUUACCACAAUAAGCUGGUGAACGUGAGGAAAGAGAUGAUCCUGCUCCACGAAAAGACGACAAAACUAAAGAAAAGAGCCUUGAAGCUGCAGCAGCAGAAGCAGAGGGAGGCGCUGGAGAAGGAGCAGCAGCGGGAGAAGGAGCUGGAGAGGGAACGGCAGCUUAUUGCCAAACCUGCCAAAAGAACAUAGGACCCCCCCCCCCCAGCACUGUUUGUCUGCUAUUGGUUUUGCAUGUUUUGGCCUAUUUAUUACAUAUCGGCCGUACAUCCCAUUCGUGCUGAACAUUUUCAAAAGCAAUGGUGUACAAUACUCUUGUGUCAAAACACAUUGGAACUGUGUUUUUUUUUUUGUCGUCACAACAUAUGCACCACAAUUUUUGUCUUUUCCUUUAUUUAAGUAUUUUCUGGGGGACUCUGCCUGUACUAAUAUGAAAGAACAAGCAUGAGAAGAGAAGGGGAGAGAGAGAAUGAGGGGUAGACACGGUGCAAAGUGCGGUGUGGGAAUCGAACCCACGGGUGCUGUAGAAGAACCCAAGCCUCCAAGAUUUUCCAUUGUAUUUCAAUGCAUCAAACUCAAUGCAUCUUGAAUGUGCUCAUUACGUCUAACCCGUCACACUGGAUAUUAUCUCUUCUCUUUUUCCCGUCCGACUUGAAUCCCAGAAUCAUUGUAAUGCAGUUUUCAGUAUUUGCUGAAGUAACUGUGUAAUUAUCUAAGUUAUUGCACACUAUCACAGUUCAGAGAAUAAAACAAUGCAUGAUUUUACUGCUUUAUAUCUCGAGCAGGUUUAAAGUGCAGGUCGGUCUUGGUUGUGAUGUGACCUUCAGAAAGCUUAUAGAUAAAGAUAUGAAGCUGUUAAAAUAGGACUGAGAUCAGUUUGAAGUUUCUGAGUUUCCCGCAGUAUUACACAAAAGGUCAUGUCUAUAUCUGCCAUAUGAUGUCAUUGAGGAUAUGAGUCGUUAACUGGCGGCUUGACUCCUGUCGUUUAUUCACUUUUAUGACGACACUCAUCCAUCGUUUCACCUGCACUGCAGUCAGAGCAACACUCUUUUACUUGAAGGUGAAGAACGGUCUUUACCGAAAGAAACGGAAACAGCAGGAUGCUUUUGGAAAAAGCUUCACUCAAUCAACGGUCUAUGUGAUUGUUAGUAAAGAGGCUAAAACCUGCACAAAAAACAAUCCUUUAUUCCCGAGAUUACCAAGAUCCCCACGAACCAAAGACAUGGACUGAAUCCUCGGAUGUGGCACAUCCCCCCCGUCGACCUCUGACGACUUCAUCUCAAGCACUCGGCUGAGCGUGGAACAAAUUGAUCAGAGACACUUUUGCAGCCAUCACACAAAGAGUCUGUGCGUAUGCUAUCGUUUUUUUGUUUUUCUGAGUGUUCCUACAUGUUGUUUCUGGGCUUCUUCAUGCCCAGUUGAUGUUGAAUGUUGUUUAAGAUCAAAUAGAUCUGCACUCGAUUUGACUGACUGUAUUCCUGGGGUCUGGAUAAUAUUAAUAAUAGUAUUCGAUAAUGUUAUGCGCCAAACUUUGCCCCUAAUGUACACAGCAUCUGUAAAUUUGUGAAACAGACCUUCUAUGCACUACUUCUGCCUGGAACUGUUUGUACCAUUGAUAAUAAAAGCAAUACAAACAGG